GCGCGGCAGCCAUGCCCAAGCGAGGAUGUUGGCACGCCCCCCUGCCCCCUCCCCCCUCCCCCAGAAACUGGGGUGACUCAUUCGCCCACCAGCCCCUCACUCGGCAGCUGGAGCGGCGGCAGAGCGGAGGCACCCGGGCGCUUGGCAGCGCUUGAGAGCUGGGCUACAGCCUCGAAGAAAACGGAGUUGACGCCUCUUGAAAUCUGCCCCCCCCCCUGAAAAAAGGAGAUGGAUCUCCGCCUGAGGGAUCUGCGCUUGCAAGAGGAGAAGGAAUUCCUGGAGAGCGUGGCACUGCCCCCGGCUGCUGAGGACUUGGAGGAGGCCAGGGACCCCGCGGGCGAGAGCGCUCUGGACCAGUCCCUGGUGGAAGACGCCCGCAGGGGCAGCCGAGGCCAUGGCAUCGUCCCCGAGCCCCUGGACUCUGAUGGCGACUGGCAGCUGCCCUGCAUUCCCAAGUCCCCCAGGGACACCGGCCUGAUCCUGGACGCGGUCAAGCGCAGCGAAUUCCUGCGGUGCCUGGGGGACGGGAAGAGCCAGCCCCUGGUGGAGAGCUUUGUGCCCGAGCAGCACCAGCCUGGGGGCACCGUGGUGGCCGAGGGGGACGACGGGCACACCAUGUACAUCGUGGCUGAAGGGGAGCUGAGCGUGACGCAGAAAGGACGCCAACUCCGCCGCCUGCUCCCGGGGGACGUCUUUGGGGAGCUGGCUGUGCUGUACAACUGCCGGCGCACGGCCACCGUCACAGCGCUCACCCUGGUGGAGUUAUGGGCCAUCGACCGCCAGACGUACCGCACCAUCAUCACUGAGAAUGCCAAGCGGCAGAGGGCAGAGGUGCUGGCUGGCCUGCGGAGGGUGAAGCCUCUCCAAGGCCUGUCAGAUGCUGCCUUGUCCCAGCUGCUGGACUCUGCGGAGGAGCGCACCUUCGCCCAGGAUGAAAUGAUCAUCCAGGAAGGAGACGAGGGCAGGACCUUUUUCUUCAUUCUCAGUGGACAGGUGGAGGUGACAAGGAGCGUGGAGGGGAAAGAGGAGCACAUCCGAGUCCUGAAGGCCGGGGACCACUUUGGGGAGCUGUCCCUCAUCCGCAACAUCCGCCGGACAGCCAGCUGCCGGGCCCAGGAGGAGGUCACCUGCAUUGCAAUUGCCAAGGAGGACUUUCAGGAACUGAGCCCCAUGUGCAGCCAAGAGACGGAAACGGCGGUGCAGGAGGCUCCCCCCUUCUCUGAGCCCGGACGGGGGUCCUUCCUAGAGGGAGCUCAGAACCCCCUGCAGCUUCAGGACCUCCUCCCUGUUUUCUACGAAGAUGGGGAUCAGCGAGGGAAGCCAGUCAUCUUGGGCACUGGGGGCUUUGGCACCGUGGAGCUGGUCCGUCGUGUGGAGGAGGGCCAGGAGCUCUUCUUCGCCCUCAAGCGCCUGCGGAAGGACCACGUGGUGCAGAAGCGGCAGCAGGAGCACGUCCUGAUGGAGAAGAAGGUCCUCCGGCAGAGCCGCUGCCCCUUCAUCGUCAGGCUCUUUGCCACCUUCCGGGACAGCCGCCACGUCUACCUGCUGCUGGAGUUCUGCCAGGGGGGCGAGUUGUGGGCCAAGCUGCGCGAGGCCCGCUGCUUCUCGGAGCCGGUGGCCGUCUUCUGCUCCGCCUGCGUGGUCGAGGCCCUGGACUACCUGCAUGCCCAGGGGGUUGUGUAUCGCGACCUGAAGCCAGAGAACUUGAUGCUGGACGCCAAGGGCUACGUCAAGCUGGUGGACUUUGGCUUUGCCAAGGCGCUGAGGCGGGGGGAGAAGACCUACUCCUUCUGCGGGACCCCCGAGUACCUGGCUCCUGAGAUCCUCCGCCACGAGGGGCACGACUUUGCCGUGGACUUUUGGACCCUGGGCGUGCUCAUCUUUGAGAUGCUUGUCGGGCGGCCCCCCUUCCACAGCGCUGAGCCUCAGAAAAUCUACAGCAAGAUCAUGGACGGCAUCUUCUCCUUCCCGGUGUUUGUGAGCGAGUCUGCCUGCUCCCUCGUGGCCAAGCUGUGCAGGCGCCGGCCAGGGCAGCGCCUGGGCAAUACCAGCAGCGGCAUCCGUGGCAUCCGUAAGCACAGGUGGUUCAGCUCCCUCUCCUGGAAAAAGCUGGCGCUGCGUCAGAUCGAGGCCCCCACCACCGUUCUGCUCAAGCAGGGCUCCCCCUACGUCAACUUCAAGCGCUUCUCGGUCUCCCGGCAGCAGCAGCCCGAAGAGGAGUUUUCUGGCUGGGACGAAGACUUCUAAGCUCCUGGAACCGCUGAGGGGGGAGGGCAGGAAGACCCUUCCUCUGACCCCACAGACUGGAGCCGCAGCUGAGAGGGAGCCCCCGCAGCCUCUCUCUCCCCUCGAAAUGCUUUUCAGCAGGGGCCCCCCAGCCUGGGUGUCCUCAGCCCCCUGCCCCCAGUGCUUGGCCAAGGCUCUCGUGUGCCCCUUCCUCUCCCCCCACAACUGCCUUGUCUGGGAGCUGAUGGCUGCAGUGGGCAGAGUCACUGUGAAAGGGGGAAACCUCCAAUCUGCCUUGUCUCGUCCUGCUCAAUGUGGAAAAUAAAAUUAGUUCAGGGAA